UGCGCACGCGCACCGGAGUUCGGUCUCUCCAGUUAAAGAUGGGCCCGCUGGGGCUGUCCACAACGCUGGCGGGGAUAGUCCCGCGGCGGCUGGUGGGGUUACGAGCGUACAGCGGACCGGCGGCUGUCUCGAACGUGCUGCGCCUACCCGAGAGGCAGCAGAAGGGGCUUAUGUUUCCAUUGCAGGAGUUGGAGCGCUACUUGGUCCCCGGAGUGAGCGCUAAAUUGCACGUGAGGACGUUUGACCCGAGCCUGGAGGACAUCGCGAGAGCUGAAGUCGCCUUCUGCCCUUCCCCCAACCACCGGAUCGACUACCUCAGCAGCGCGGUGCGCCUCGACCACGCCCCCUCCUCUUCUAGCCCCGAGAUCUGCUUUAUAGGAAGAAGCAACGUUGGAAAAUCAUCCCUAAUAAAGGCUUUGUUUUCUCUGGUCCCUGAGGUUGAAGUCAGAGUUUCAAAAAAGCCGGGACAUACAAAGAAAAUGAACUUUUUCAAAGUUGGAAAAUAUUUUACUUUGGUGGACAUGCCAGGUUAUGGAUUCAAAGCACCUAAAGAUUUUGUUGAAAUGGUAGAGGCUUAUCUGAAAGAACGGACAAAUUUGACUAGAACGUUUUUGUUGGUGGAUAGUGUUGUUGGAAUUCAGAAAGCAGACAGAAUUGCUAUAGAAAUGUGUGAAGAAUAUGCAUUACCUUAUGUGAUGGUGUUAACAAAAAUUGACAAAGCUUCCAAAGGUCAUAUUGCAAAGCAAGUUUUGCAGAUCCAAGAGUUUGUUGACACUCAAACCCAGGGAUGCUUUCCUCAACUGUUUCCAGUCAGAACAUACAGACUGGACGUUGGCAACCUAGAGUGUGGACAAGCAAGAAUGAUAGUGUUAUAAGACAAUGCCAAAAGACCUAUGAUGAAAAAAUGCUAGCCACUUCCGGAGAGAGAAGUGAUGAAUUCCAAGAGCAAACAAGUACAAAUUUCUCACUUUAUUUAAAAAGAUUUUUUUUUUGCUUUUUUAGUGAUAUGGCUAAUAUGGAAAUAUAUUUUGCAUGAUUUCAAAUAUUCAAAAAGUGAUAUUAUUUACCUUGUUAGUGGGUAGAGGAGGGCUGGGAGAAAGAAUAUCGGGAACUCAAAAUUUGAAAAGAACAUAAAAAAUAAUGAAAAGGAAAAUGUAUUUUUAUAGGUGGGUUUUUAAAUUUUGUUUUUAACAUUCAGCUUUUUUAAAUUGUUUAGUUCUAAAAAACAUAAUCAAAAGGAAAAAAUGUAUUUAUUUUCACAGGUUUUUAAAUUUUAUUUUUGACAUUCACUUUUUUAAAAAAUUUGAGCUCUAAAUUCUUUCCCUUUCUCUCCUAUCCCAUGAGAUAGCAAACAAAAGAUCAGUUAUAUGUGUGAAGUCAUGCAAAACAUAUUUCCAUAUUAGCCAAAAUACCAACCUGGGUUAAAGUCCUCCUUUUAAAUGAAUUAUAGAUUAAAUGGCACAUUCCCCACAAUAAUUCAAUUAAAUAAAAUUCCAACUUUUUUUCAUAAUUUCUAAUUUACAAUUAAAAACUAUUGGUAAUAUAUAAUAAAUUGAAAAA